AUGGCAGAAGUGAUCCUUCACGUGUAUGACGUUACAAUUAAUAGUAGUUCCGGCAAUGAAACCCUGAAUUACGCCCUCGUUCAACUCAACAACGUCUGUAAAGAGGUCAUUCCUAUGGGCGGCGUCUUUCACACCGCCGUUCAGAUUUACGGCGACGAGGAAUGGGGAUACUGGCAGUGCGACAAGGGAUCCGGUGUUUACAGCUGUCCCGCCGGCAAAAACUUGACGUAUACACACCGUGAACGUAUAGCUCUCGGAAGAACAAAUUUGUCCGCUACCAAGGUGAGUCAGAUCCUAAAAGAACUUAGCCAGGAGUGGCCGGGAAGUAAGUACGACCUGCUGGCGAGAAACUGUAACCAUUUCUGUAAUGAGUUGUUGCAGAGGCUGGGAGUGCCGAAGCUUCCGGCAUGGGUAAAUAGGUUUGCUGAUGUCGGAGACACUGCCUGUGAAGCAUUACGAACGCUGCAUAAAACCAAGGAUGAGAUGUUAGCUGCUGGAAAGGAGGCGUAUAAGAAUGCCAUCAAUACAGCUAUUAAGACUCCCAAGUCUCUUAUCAGUUUAAGCAAAGGUUCUCGACUUCGAACAGAACAAUUCAAACCAAAUUUCAUUGCUGGAAGAAUUGCCGGACCCGAUGAAGAAACCAGCAAGAAGUAA